GCUGCCGCUGCCGCUGCCGACGAGGCUUGACGAAGCAGAGGUUGGGGACGCCGAAGCAGUCUCCACCUCACUCUCCUCAACUUCUCCGGCCAGUCACCGGCAUCGAGGCAGUGGAAGCCAAGAAAAGAUACAUAUCCACGUAAAAUAAACAACAGAGAAAAGGAAGCGAGGAAGCGGCCGGAAAUCCCCUUCGGUGCUUCUACUAGUGGCUGACGGUAUCCGACAUGACAACCCGGCGUCAUCUAUCCGGCGGCAGCAUGACCCCCUCGCCCACCCCGCACGUCCGGCAGCGGGACGAGGAGCGCGGCAGCGCCGAUGACGGCAGCGGCUCGCCCGGCGAUUGGUUCGACAUCCCUCCCAAGAACGCGCCGGUGGAGCGCCUCAGGCGGUGGAGGCAAGCAGCACUAGUGCUGAACGCUUCUCGUAGGUUUAGAUAUACGUUGGACUUGAAGAAGGAAGAAGAAAAGGAGCAGACGAGGAGUAGGAUCCGCGCACAUGCUCAAGUCAUUCGGGCAGCACUUCUGUUUAAAGCAGCAGUGGAGAGGGCGAAACCAGGUACUCCCACUAUACCAGUACUUCCUUCUUGUGGUUUUGGAAUUGGAGAGGAACAGCUUACUAAAAUGACGAGGGAUCAUGAUUUCUCUGCUCUACAAAAUUAUGGGGAGGUCAAAGGUAUCUCCAAUUUGCUAAACACAGAUUUAGAUAGAGGAAUAAGUGCAGAUGAUGUUGACAUAUUGCAUAGGAGGAACUUGUUUGGGGCAAACACUUAUCCUCAAAAAAAAGGAAGGAGUUUUUGGGUUUUCCUUUGGGAAGCUUGCCAAGACUUAACUCUUGUCAUGCUUAUGGUAGCAGCGGUAUUAUCAUUGGUCCUGGGUAUAAAGACAGAGGGUAUUAAAGAAGGUUGGUAUGAUGGUGGUAGCAUUGCCUUUGCUGUUAUUCUUGUUAUCGUGGUAACAGCUGUCAGUGACUAUAGACAGUCACUACAAUUCCAGAAUCUCAAUGAGGAGAAGCGAAACAUACAAUUAGAGGUGACUAGGAGCAGUAGAAGAAUUAAAGUGUCCAUUUUUGAUCUUGUAGUUGGUGAUGUUGUUCCUCUCAAGAUUGGUGAUCAGGUCCCUGCUGAUGGGGUUCUAAUAACUGGUCAUUCUCUUGCUAUUGAUGAGUCAAGUAUGACAGGGGAAAGCAAAAUUGUCCUCAAAGAUAAAAAAACUCCAUUUUUGAUGUCUGGAUGCAAGGUUGCUGAUGGUUAUGGUACUAUGUUGGUAACUGCAGUUGGGAUAAAUACUGAAUGGGGUUUGUUAAUGGCCAGUAUUUCAGAGGAUGCUGGUGAAGAAACUCCACUGCAGGUACGCUUGAAUGGAGUAGCUACUUUCAUUGGCAUGGUAGGGCUAACCAUAGCUGCUGCCGUUCUUGUGGUCCUAUUAGCCAGAUACUUUACUGGACAUACAAAAAACCCUGAUGGAUCAGUUCAAUUUAUAAAGGGACAAACGGAUACAAAGACUGCUAUAAAUGGAGUCAUUAAGAUCUUGACGGUUGCAGUGAUAAUUGUGGUUGUUGCGGUACCCGAAGGGCUUCCUUUGGCUGUUACGUUGACUCUGGCUUACUCAAUGCGAAAGAUGAUGGCAGACAAGGCUUUGGUGCGUAGGCUUUCAGCAUGUGAAACUAUGGGUUCAGCUACAACUAUUUGCAGUGACAAGACUGGAACCUUGACCUUGAAUCAGAUGACUGUUGUUGAGGCAUAUGUUGGUGGAAGGAAGAUAAAUCCUCCAGAUAAUGCUGAAUUGUUAUCUUCCACCGCAUCGUCUCUUCUAAUUGAGGGAAUUGCUCAGAAUACUACCGGCAGUGUUUUUAAGGCAGAGACUGGAGCUUUUGAGGUCACUGGCUCACCCACGGAAAAGGCCAUCCUAUCUUGGGGUGUUAAGCUGGGAAUGACGUUCAAUGAUGCAAGAUCAGAAUCUUCGAUUAUUCAUGUCUUUCCUUUCAACUCUGAUAAGAAACGAGGUGGUGUAGCGGUGCAUCAGGCAGGUGAUGACAUUCAUGUCCACUGGAAAGGUGCUGCUGAGAUUGUCCUGGCCUCAUGUACCAGUUGGCUUGAUGCGAAUGGCUCCAAGCAACCAUUGACAGCAAAUAAGGUUACUGGAUUCAAGAAAUUAAUUGAAGACAUGGCAGCAGCUAGCCUUCGUUGCGUUGCUUUUGCAUACAGGUUUUAUGAUUUGGAGAGAGUCCGAAAUGAGGAACAGAGAGAGAGCUGGCAGUUGCCUGAGGAUGACUUGGUUCUGCUUGCCAUUGUGGGGAUUAAGGAUCCUUGUCGACCUGGUGUAAAAGAGGCUGUAGACUUGUGUACUCAUGCGGGUGUCAAGGUUCGCAUGGUCACCGGAGAUAACCUUCAGACUGCCAAAGCCAUAGCCUUAGAGUGUGCGAUACUUGAGGAUGCCAAUGCACGAGAGCCAACUAUUAUCGAGGGAAAAACAUUUCGCACCAAGACUGAUGCAGAAAGAGAUGCAAUUGCCGAGAAAAUAACUGUGAUGGGGAGGUCUUCCCCCAGUGACAAGCUGCUGCUUGUUCAAGCAUUAAGGAGAAGAGGUCAUGUGGUUGCUGUAACAGGUGAUGGCACCAAUGAUGCCCCUGCAUUGCAUGAGGCAGAUAUUGGUCUUUCUAUGGGAAUUCAAGGUACAGAGGUAGCUAAAGAGAGCUCAGAUAUCAUUAUUCUUGAUGACAAUUUUGCAUCAGUUGUAAAGGUUGUCCGUUGGGGCCGCUCUGUGUAUGCAAAUAUCCAGAAAUUUAUCCAGUUCCAGCUCACUGUCAAUGUUGCAGCAAUUGUUAUUAAUGUCAUUGCUGCUGUCUCCUCCGGCAAUGUUCCCUUGAAUGCUGUCCAGCUACUGUGGGUCAACCUCAUCAUGGACACACUUGGAGCGCUGGCAUUGGCAACAGAACAACCAACAGACCACCUAAUGGAUAGACCUCCAGUGGGGCGGUGGGAACCUCUUAUUACAAAUGUCAUGUGGAGAAAUCUCAUAUUUCAGGCUUUGUAUCAAGUCACAAUUCUUCUUGUGCUUAACUUUGGUGGCAGAAGUAUUCUGGAUUUGAAGAACGACGACCGUGCGCAUGCAGACCAAGUGAAAAACACAUUGAUAUUUAAUACCUUUGUCCUAUGUCAGAUAUUCAAUGAGUUCAAUGCUCGAAAACCAGAUGAAUUCAAUGUAUUCAGCGGAGUCACUAGAAAUCAAUUCUUUAUGGGAAUAGUAGGCAUAACCAUUGUGCUUCAGGUUUUGAUCAUUGAGUUUCUUGGGAAGUUUACUUCUACUGUCAGGCUCAGUUGGAAAUUGUGGCUAGUUUCAAUUGCGAUUGCGUUUGUAAGUUGGCCUUUGGCACUCGUCGGAAAGCUUCUUCCUGUACCCACGACACCUCUGCGGGAGUAUUUUGGCCGAUGCUUUCGGCGUAGCAGGAAAGAAGAUGAUGCGGGCUCCGGUGCUCGCCCUCCGAUGAAUGGUUCCUAGGUGUAACUGUGUCUUCUUCGCCAUUGUCAAGAUUCUCAUGCUGGAUCAAACCA